AUGGUUAUUCAGUUAGUUGGGGGCCUUACGAAAGCGUACAGUUGUGUGGGUGCGCUUAUUAGGCAGAGCAAUCCCUUACCCGCGUUUUAUCAAGCGCGAUCCAUACUCACUUUAGAGGAGGCCGGCAUGGCCAAGAACGCUUCAACAGGGUCGGACUCGGCUAUGGUUGCUGCAUCAUCUGAUAAUUCUCAGUUUGAUUUCGCUUCUCAUGGCCAAUCGAAAGGGAAAAAUCAGAAAAAGGAAGAGAAUUCCGGCAACUGCAAAAAUUCUGGAGGUGGUUCCGGACGCGACUCCGAUGGUGGCAAGAGCGGUCAGGGUUCCGGUGGUGGUUCCAGUGGUGUGCCUCGAGGUUCAGGUGGACAGCAGCCUUCGUCCUAG